GACCUAAGUAAAUAAACACAUUUUAAAUUGAAGCUAUCGAUAAAUAGAUUACCAAUUUAAACGUUUUUGAAUUUCGCUUAUCGUUUGAUUGAGUUGCCGUUAAUUCCUCAGCACUUUUGUGCCAACCUUUUGCCGCACGCAUAAAUAAAUAUGUACAUACUCGUAUGUACAUGUACAUCCAACUAAAUCGGAGCUGGGAUCCCAAAAGCUUUCUACGAUCGAGCUGCCUAAGGGGAUUCCAAUCUGAUCCAAUCUUGUAAUUUUGUUCGAUAGAAAAUCCCCGACUGCAGGUUUUCAGCAUCUCUUAGGGCUUCUUGACUGCAGGCACUAUAAAAGCUGCCUCUCGUGGUAGUUAGUUCAUCAGUCGCACAGCUCUCCCAGCAACAUCAACAGCAUCAGGAACAUUUGCUUUUAUAUUUUUUUUAUUUUUCUCCAAGAAUUUCAUCAUGAACUUCUACAAGAUCUUCUUCUUUGUUUCUCUGAUCUUGGCCAUCAGCGUGGGACAGUCGGAGGCCGGUUGGCUGAGGAAGCUGGGAAAGAGACUUGAACGCGUUGGCCAGCACACCCGAGAUGCCACUAUUCAGGCCGCCAAUGUGGCAGCGACAGCCCGAGGAUGAAGAGACCCUUAGAGACCAACAGUCUGACUAUAAAAAUUUAAUUUAUUUUCAUAAACUUAAUUCCUUGGGUAAUUCUUAAGUAAAUGUAAAAUCUUUAAAUGAAACUCACUUAAAUGUUUCAUGAUAUACAUAAACGUACUUGAAUCAUAAUACUAUGAUUCCAUUAAUGAAUGUAAUU